AUGUACUGGACUGGAUACGUUUUGUUACAAAAUGAAGUCAAUAUCAAAAGAGUUCAUGGCAUACAUUACCAAUGUUUCGAAAUCGAAGCUCUCAAUGUUAUCUCGCGGUGUCCUCCGUCUUCAUUCACACUGACAGUGACCGAUGACACAUUGUUUCAAGAAGGCGUAGUCGUAGCAUUGUCUGGAGAAGCCGUGGCGCCCCCCAAUAGCACAUCAACAGUGAUCUUCAUGCGCGGACGUCUCCAAAGAUUGACUAAUAUUGAAAGGAUGUUAUGUGGACCGCAGACUAAUGUUAUCAAUGUUUCAAGCCGAGGAAGAGUUACUCAUUGGAACAUUUUGCUGGGGAACUGGAAUGCGUUGGUUGUGCGCCAUAACGUCUGGGUUAACACUUGUUCAAACCCGCUUGCGUUGAGAAUCAAUGCCAUUGAUUAUGACGCCCACAUAGGCAGCGUAGGCGUUAUGAUUAUAAGUACCUUGCCUACUGAUUCAGCCACUCUUGGUUUUGAAUAUUACCAGGCCUGGGCAAGACACUUCAAUAAUAUCAAAGGCUUGUGGUUUCGUGAUACCACCAUCGAUCUCGGCAAGUUUUGUGGGACAGUUCGAGAUGCUCUUUAUAAAGUUGUCAACAAAACCACUGCUACUAUUUAUGGGUUUAUUCAUGCUCGCCAACCCGUACGCGAAUGCUCGGUGGGUAGAGACAUGUUGACCUUGACUAUAAAGUCGUAUGACAACGAUCCUAUGUCCGCGGCGUCUGUGACGUGGUUGACUAAACACUACGUGAGGACAACAAGUCAACCUGAAAGUCAAUUGCAUUGUUACCAAAUCGGAGCCGAGGUCAUUAGUAAUGGUGUCAUCAAAAAUUUCGAUGAGGAUAGUAAGAUGUGGGAAUGUGAGGUAGAGGCUUUAUCUAUCAUCAAAGAGGCCCCAAAACUAUCAUACACGUCCAUUCCAGCGGCGCUUCCCAAGAAUAUCACUAUGAGGACAAAUGUCCUAGCUAAUGCAUUGUCUUCAUCAUCAACUGACACCUCAGGGGUAACGGUAUCUUACGAGGGCGCCGAGUUUGAGCCAUCAGCCAGCUUGAAAGAACUAUGGGCAUGA